UUUAUAGUUAAAACUUGCGUUGCCCAGGCGCUAUGAAAUGGGGGGUUCUUUCCUUCGCCCAUUGUAUGUAUCGGCUUGGUUUUGUCCACAACCAAGGAGGCAUUUUGGCGGGCGCCUGCGUCUAGGAUAUUCUCCGCGGCUUUUCAGACCGCUGCAAUACCUCCAGCAGGGGAAACCGGAAUUGGGAUUUCAAAUUCAGGAUUUGAAUAGCCUUAUUCACAAGUAUUUAAGUGGAGAAAUUUCAAAGGGAAAAUUUGGUUCAGCUUUUGUAAGGGAUGGAUUCAGUAAUUUGGUACUACAGAUGGUAAUGGAAAAGCAUGAAAAUGGAAUUUAGUCAGUGACAUUGUGAUUUGAAAGUAUUUGAAAUGAGUCGGUCUCCCUCAUUUUCAGUGAAGUCGGAACUUAGUCCAAAACUUGAUCCAGAAUCCUUGAGGCAAUGGGUUGUGGCCUUUUGCAUCAUUAGGUUUGAUCUUGAACAGGGUCAGCUCAUUGAAGAGUGUUACCCACCUGGUUGCCUUACCCAGGAUGAGGAGCUUGAAAUUGCAUUCAGUUCAUUCCCAGAUUCUGUUACCCAGCAUCAGAACCGCUCAAGCAUUCAUGAUUGUAUGUUCUUUUUUCGGUUUCAAAGAUCGGAGAAUUCUCAAACUUGUAAUGUGUCUUCCACAGAAACAACUGCUGUAGAUAAGGAGUCAUCUCCCAAAAACACAGAAAAAAGAACUCUUAGAAGAUUGAAAAGUAACAUUUGUCGUGGUUCAAAAUACAUGUACGGCUAUGUAUUCAAUAGAGAGAGACAUGAUGAGAGGUUGAAGAGAGGUGGAGAGCAGAAGUCAGUGGUAAUUUUGUCUAGCUAUCCGUAUUCUACUGUGUUUAAACCCUUGUUACAGAUCAUGGGUCCUUUAUACUUUGACAUUGGAAAGAAAGCUCUUGAACAUAUUGCUGCUUAUGUGUCAAUGUGGCCUGCACCUGUACCUGGAAAGCUUAUGGAGCUUCCAAUUGGGAAUGCCAUGCUUAAAGUUAACUUGCCGCCUGCUCACAGCAUGCCCUUUGAAAGUGGAAUGAUUUUGGAAGAAUCUCCUUCUUCUUUGGCUCCAUUUCUUCCUAAUAACCAGUCAGUUCCUCAGGGCCUAUUCCAUGAUUCAGAUAUUUUUGGUACAUUUCGUGGUCUUCUUUUGCAGCUUUGGGUUUUGUGGGAGUUGUUACUUGUUGGCGAGCCUCUUCUUAUCAUUGCUCCAACUCCUCCACAAUGCUGUGAAGCUGUGGCUAGUCUUGUUAGUUUGGUUGCACCCCUACUUUAUAGUGUUGAUUUUAGGCCUUAUUUCACCAUCCAUAACCCAGAAUUUGCUCAACUGAAUUCCCUUCGAGAAGGAGAUAUGUUUCCUCCUAUGAUUUUGGGUGUGACUAAUCUCUUUUUCCUAAAGUCGUUGCGCAACAUCCCUCAUAUUGUUUCCGUUGGAAGUCCUGCCCCUAAUUCAAACCGUCUUCCCGCUUCAAAUAAUAGGUCCUCUUCUGGCAGAGUUCCUGGUAAAUCUGAAGGAUUUGGUCUUCAACAGCUCUCCUUGAAAAAAUUCUCUCCCUCAAAUUUGUUAAAUGCUGUGAAGUUGAGGAGAGAGGGUCCUCUUUGUCUCAUGACAGAACAUAAAGAAGCCAUAUGGACCACUUAUGCUGCAACAACCAAGCCAGACACUGCUAUAUUGAAUAGGCUUUUAGAUGCGGGCACAUCACCCAGGGUUGAAGAGUCAAUGUCAGUGGUUAAUAAUGAGAUUCUGCGGCGUCAUUUCCUGGAGCUCACUACCAAUUUCUUGGCACCUUUUGGCCCUUAUUUUAGGACUCUCACACCAUCAGAAGGUUCUUGUCCAUUUUUGGACCCUCCUCCUCUCCCCCCCUUUAAUGCUGAUGAAUUUCUAGCAACCUUAUCGGGAAGAGGACCGGGGAAGUUUUUGUCAAAGAGGAUGAGAUAUAAUUGGCUGGACUUGUAUAGACGAUUUUUGAAAGGACCAAACUUUAUGCCAUGGUUUCAAAGAAAACGUGUUGUUGCUGAACAAGAACAACAUAGAUUGUGGAGGCAUGCAAGAGUGAAGGCUGACAUACAACAAUUUAUAUCAAAGAUGUCAGAACUGGAAGUAGUUGAUUCCUUUAAUGCAAUUGAAAGGCAUAUUAUUGGAGACAUAAAGCUGCAGCAAUCUGGAAAGGCAAGUGGAGACUCCAACUCCACAUCCACUUACCAAAAACUAAAGGGAGAUUUACGAGCAUUGUUCAAUGUGCUUCCAAAGGACAUGCAGCAGCUUUUACUUUUAAACCCUGAAAGGGCAGCCCUUCUUCAAGGAAGUUUGGAACUCACAAAACUUCCUGGGCGGCCACUUGUACAAGUCGGAGUUAUAUCUUCAACAUCAUCGAGAUAAUAUGCAAAAAAAAAAGAAUGGUAGUAAUGUAGCCUCUGAUACAUUCUCUCUGUGCCAGUUUAGCGCACCAAUAUUACAAUCUUAGCUCCUAGUGUUUACUUGAAAAAGAGCCCUAUCUGGUCUUAAAGCUUGUCAUUCAAUCAGGUACUAUAUUUACAAGUAAUAUUUUUUAUUUUCUACUAAAGCCAAGCAUGUAGUAACAUUUUUUAUCUUUUUUGGUUUUGUAUCUUUCUUCAAAAGGGAAAAAAUAGGCAAAAAAUGGACAAACAGUUGAAGUUGUAUGAGAACCACCGAAUCGCAUUUUUCAGCUUGCCAGUUGUGUCAAGACAUUUCUCUGCUUUUCAACUCCAAACAGAUGUGACUGUGUAUGGUUUUCUUGGAUCUCUACUAGUUUCUUUGCCGGAGUAAAAUAUGUAAAAAAUUCUAGUUUUGUUUUUUUUUUUUUAGUUGUAUCUGUUUGUUACCAAAUUAUAGCAAUGAGGCUUUAAAAAAAUAGCAAUGUUGUAAUAAUCUCGUUUUUUAAAUUUAUUAACUAAUGUGAUGUAUUAUUUUAUUUAUUAAUUAUGUUAUGCUAAAAAUUAAAAUAAUAUUUGGUUUGUUAUAAAA